UGCUUAACGUUUCCCUUACAAUCACUGCAAAGUAAUAAUAAUAUACUAUCUGGCCAAAAGUUAGCCGAAAGAAUAAUGAACGUUGUUCUGAUUCUAUUUUGUUUCAUUGGAUUUAUUAUCGGCUAUUUAAUGGAACAGUUGUCAAUUAGUGUUGUUUUGCCUCCGUGGCCGAUGUACAGGAGACAUCCACUCUCCUGGCAAAAAUGCGAAAAGAAACACGACGAAUAG